GACGGGCACUGAUUGUGACAGCUAUGCCGGAGAGGGCGAGGGCCUUUAUACAAAGCUCUGUCCCAGGGGCGGCAAUAACUUGUGAUUUUUUGUGAGUUGCCAGACAGAGCUGAUCCUGACCCAACACGCAAAAACCGCCGUUGCUGAGCAGGCUGGUCUCAGUCAAGGGAAAUCAUCGUCUCCUUGGACAGUGACGAUCUGGGAGGAUCGGCACUCUGCACAACGGACAACGGGAUGAGUACGUGACGAUUGUCACUUUCAUUAUGCCUUUGAGAGGUACUUUUUGUUUCUAGAUUCCGCCACGCAAGUCUUGUGCUCAGAAAUCAUAAAUAUUUAAACAGACCCAUGUUUCUAUAUUGUAGCCUUUUUCCUCAUUGCAAUAUUUUGUUUUCUUUACGCAAUUAGUAUUAACAUAGGGAUCUCCCUACAUUUAAAUCCAUCUUGCCUUUCUUUGAGAAGCCUUUUGUUGUCGUUUAGCUCGUCUGUUGACAUUCAUCCUUGUUCUCAGGAUCCAAGAAUCGUGAUCCUAUAUCCUUAAUAGUCAUUACAACCAACCCCAGAAAGACCAGCAGCAGCAACAGUCGGACAUCAACAUGCCAAUCAAUGCUGCCACUGGCACAUCCUGUACCAUCAACCUCCUCCCACCACCACCAACAACAACAUCAUCAUCAUCAUCAACUGAUCAGAUACCAGCUCAGAUUCCGUGCAAGGAGUAUAAACACGAGACGACCACCGAUCCGACCACUGGGGCUAUCCAAGAGACUGUGACCAUCGAGUCCCAACAAGCCUGUCCUUUUGAAAUCCUCAUCGACAUCAAACCAACAGCAUACUCAACACUCACCGCCAACUCAUCAUCAAGAUCAUCAAAAAUCAAACCGCAGGACUACGUUAUCCAUAGGAUCCUCGACGGGAUCUCUGCGGGAUAUCAGAAACUGUCUAAGACGAAGUCGCAUAGAUUAGUACACAUGACUAAGACCUCUUCCAGGGACAAAUUGAGUUUCAGAAGGUUCCAAUUCGCACCGAUCACCCUGGUGGAUCCGGACGACUAUGAGACUCCGAAUCAGGGAUCGAGGAACCCGACGGACACGAUCUGUGAGGACGAGGAGGUGAUCAAGUCUCUCGGGACGAUUCAAGUCGAUGUCAUCAGGGCCGAUCUGGUCCAUCGUCUACGAAAACCUGCCAAAAAUCGAGCCGCACCCGCCCCGUCUACGAAUCAGAUGAAGUUCUCAGAACGCUCUAAGAAGGCAAGGCUCUUGAAUACCGCCGGCUUGUCCGAUACUUUCCCCUCCAACGGCCCUCCUCGCCCUAUGAAAUGGCAUAUCAAAAAACAGGAUCCGAAGCCAUUUCUUCAAUUCGUCUUCAAAUACAAACCGAGGGCGAUCUUAGAAGACGAAGGAACCAUCGCGCGAGAUCCCAGUCAGGCUGAUCAAAUCAACCAGAACAUCGAGGAUGAUGACCAAGACGCGCACGAAACCGAUCGCAAACCUUCCCUCAAGCGCAUCAAGAGCGAAGCCACCAUUGCUAAUGAUCAUCAGAUUCGUCAGAAGAAAAAGCAAAAGAUCAUCGACCUCACCGGGGCUGAUGACAGUGAUUAGAAACCACACAAUCAUCAUCUUUACACACACUCUCUCUAUCUUUUGCUAGAUCUACUUCGUGGCCUCUCACUUGUGCAUACCCACCCACACUCUCUCUCUUUUCCCUUAUUUUGUUCCAUUAACCUCAAACAUGCCUUAUUUAUUUGGUCUUCUUGUCUGUCUGCUUCUUCAAUUAUGUUUCAAUGUGCUCGUCUAUCUUGAUAAUUAUCUACAUACUACAUAAGAACCAAAAAAAAAAACUGAAAGUGAAACCACGGACUGCUAUUUGUCUGAUUACUCUUAGAUGCAUAUAUAGGAUUCCAGGGUCUUCUUUUUAUAUACCUCUUGUUUAGUCUGAUGGUUGAUCUCUCUUCUAUCUAGUACUAGUACACGAAUCAGAAAUAUGGACAUUGACAUGCAACCUGAUUAG